UGAUAAACCGAAAAGUUUUUGCCGGAACUGGAUUUCCUUGUGUUUUGUGAUCGUUAACCCAAAAGACUAAAGGUCUGUGGUUCCGCCCCCUAUUUUUAAUUUUAUUGUAAAAUGAAAUAUUACAAUUUAAAGGAGUCUUGAUAAACGGGUUUUAAAAUAUUUAAUUAUUGUGUUGUAUCCUGGGUAUAUAAUGUUGUUUGUUUUGUGCUGAAAAUAAUUAUAAAAUGUGAUCUGGUUGACAAGUAGUUUAUUUAGGAUUUCCAACGGUUGUCAAGUUAAUUGUUUACAAUCUAGAAGUUGAACUCUCUUGUGCCCUUAAUAAAAAGUUAUUCUUUAUAAAUUGGCAUGAUUACAUGUUUACAAUGACGGUUGAUUUUAACGACUAUUUUUGGGGAGAGAAAAACAAUGGAUUUGAUGUGCUGUAUCAUAACAUGAAAUAUGGCUUAGUUGCUAGCAAGGAGUUCGCAGAGUUCCUUAGAGAGAGUUCAAAUAUAGAAGAAAAUAACUCAAAAUCACUAAGUAAAUUAGCAAAACAAGCAGGUAGUUGUUGUGUUCAUGGAACAUUUGCUCCAUUAUGGCAAGUUUUAAAGACAUCAGCAGAGAGAUUAUCUGCUCUUCAUAUGCAGAUGGUGCAGAAAGUUACAGAUUUAGUCAAGGAAGUCCAUAAGUAUGCUGAGGAAUUACAUAAAAAACACAAAUCAGUUAAAGAAGAGGAGUCUGGAACUCUGGAAGCGGUUCAAGCAAUGCAGUCAGUUACAUUGAAUGUUCAAAAAUGUCGCGAUACAUACACACAGCGAGGCCUCGAAUUAGAAAAGCUGCGCAAGGAAAGUACCUCUGCCAAAGAAAUAGAAAAAGCUGAAAUAAAGCUGAAAAAAGCACAAGAAGACUAUAAGAUCUUCGUGGAUAAAUAUAGUAGUGUUAAGGAAGAUUUUGAAAAGAAAAUGUCAGUUACAUGUAAAAAUUUCCAAGAUCUGGAAAUGAACCACUUGACCCACAUGAAAGACUUCUUGACAAAGUAUGCAGACGUUAUUGAUUGGACUCAUCAACAAAUGGGAACGGUCCACUUGGAAUUUAGACAACAAUGUGUAGAAUUAACUGUUGAUCAAUUACUGGAACUAUUUGUUCGCAGCAAAUCCACUGGAUUAGAAAGACCAGGUGCCUUAGAAUUGGAAGAUCCUUUGACGUCUCCCACAGUGACAGAGGCAGAGGCGAAGCCAACAAAGAGAGAAGGUAAUGGUCAAAAUGAACAAUUGGUGCAAACACAUGCCAAAACAUCUCGCCGAACAACCUCUCUACUAAACCUCUUCAUGUCUAAUUCCCAGGGAUCUCGUGAAAGUCGAGCGGGUCCAUGCAGCGCUCCUUCCAGUCCGACUAGUCCUGAAGGGGAACAGCAGCUAACAAGACACUCCAAUAGAGGAUCCAAGUGGUUUUUGCGAAGUAGAAGGGAUAAGACAAAACAAAAGAAAACCAAAAAGAAGAGUAAAGAAAGUGUAGAUAACCAAAGCAAUAAAGAAGAAAAAUCAGAUUUGGAAGAAAAAGACGAUUCUCAAAAGAGCCAGAGAACAACAGCUGACAAUGCUGAAACUUCAGCUCAAGAAGUGGACGAAGAUGGUUAUGUAAUAAGACCUGAGGUAGCUCACAAUUGGAACAGUGAAAAAGGAAGUUUUUACUCAUCAUCAGAUUCUGAUUCAGAAGAUGAGAGGGAGAGGAAAAUACAUGUAGAAAUAAAGCCGUUGAACAAUGGAUCUGCUCCUAUCUCAGCCUCUGUUGAUGAACUCAGAGCUACUGUAGAAAAUUUAUAUCUUUCUCCAACAGGCGGAUUUGUCAGACGUGGAUCGAAUUUGGAUACAGAUUCUGCAAUGAAAAGAUCACAAUCUGUUUCACAGCAACUAGGAAAACCUAGUAAUGAUCUAUUAGGUUUAAACUUUGUUCAAAGCCCCACAGCUUCAAAUGCUUCUACACCAACCAGUUCUCAUCCUUAUGCACCUCUCCAAAGCCCUUCUCAACUUGCUUUGAACUCUCCUACUCUGUCUGUGUCUUCAAGAUAUGCAGAAUUGGGAGAAAUAUUUUCUGAAGAUGGAGAACUUCAGCAACCUCCUCCUAAACAUCCUCAACGACAAACACCUACACCUACAUCAGGUUGUAUAUCAAUUCCACGACCGCCUUCCCGUAGGUCAGAUCCUCCCAGAAAUCUCAUAAAUCAAAGUACCAUAUCUCGAGCUGACAGUAUAAAUAAUUUAGAAUUUCGUACUGCUUCGGUACCAAUUGGUGUGUCAAGAGGACCUUCACCUUUAACAAUUGGAAUGGCCGAUACCAUACCCCUUGCUGUUGCUUUCCAUGAGAUAGUACAUUCAUAUUUUAGAGGAGCAGAUGAAUCAAGAUGCCAAGUGAAAAUGUCUGGAGAAAUGAUGUUAUCUUUCCCAGCUGGUAUUGUAACCAUUCUUGCGAAUAAUCCAAACCCUGCUAAAUUAGUGUUUAGGGUUAAGAAUACUAAUAAACUAAAUAGUAUUCUACCUAAUAAUCAAUUAGUUUAUUUAGAUAGUGGACAAUCUGCUUCUGACUACAUAGGAAUUGAAUUUAAUAUGUUUGCGUUAAGCUCCUUACUAAAAAAGCAAUCUGAACAAAAUCCUAGUGCUUCUUAUUUUAAUGUUGAUAUUCUAAAAUAUCAGAUAAAACCAAAACCAGGGGCAAAUUCAUGUCCUUUUCAACUAGUCGCUUAUUGGAAAUGUUCAAGUGCUCAUACAGAUUUGAAAAUUGAUUACAAGUACAAUUCCCAUGCCAUGAGUUCACCGACCCCAUUAUUAAAUGUCACUAUAGCUGUUCCCGUUCCUGGAGGAGUUAAAAAUAUGCAAACAAAACCCACAGCUCAAUGGCCUAACGAUAAUAACAGGAUUAUAUGGAAAUUUACAGAACUAUCUCAGCAUUCAGAAAAUCAUGGUGUAGGAUCAGUAGCAGCGAGAUACGACCUCGAAAAUGGCCCUGGUACACCUCAAACGGUUUUAACACAGUUUAAUUGUGAAGGCACAACUUUGUCAGGAAUAGAUUUUCAACUUGUAGGUCCUGGUUACAGAUUGUCUCUAGUAAAGCGACGUUUUGUAUCUGGAAAAUAUAUUUGUGAUGGCGAUCAGAAAUUUAGUUCUGGUACCGGUACUCCAUCUACAGUGUCAACAGUUUCUUCUGUUGGUGACCAAAAUUGCUAGCAUUCCUAACAUAUCCUGUGCAAUACCUCUGUAUGUUUAGUUGAGUCAACUAAUUUUUAUUUAUGACAAUUCCCAUGUUGAAUAUAGCAUAUAUUAUAUAGUUUAUUAAUGCUAUUUUAUAAUCAAAUAAAAGAUAAAGCGCCCACAUCGGGGUUUCUUUUUUUCUAAAUCUAAAAAUUAGAGAUAAAUAAUUUGAUAUAAAUCCAUUCUCUAGAGUUGGUUUAAUUAAAUAUAGAGACAUGAUAUUUUAUGCUUUUAAUUUACUUGUAUUUUUAUUCAAUAACUAAAUUAUAUAUUAUAUAAUAAUUUUAGACAUUAUAAUCAUUAAAUAAUCAACAAUAUUUAUUCCAAUUUGUUCUGGUCUACAACCUUUUAAAUUCCAAAGGAGAACACAGUCCUGUUUGCAAAUUCAUUCCUCAGAACUUCAGCUAUAUUCCAAACCAAUAAUAUACUCAUCUAUUAUUAUCUUUUCAGUAUUAAUUUUUUGUGUAAUUUCUAUAAAAAUUUAUACAGGGAGUUCAAUAAAAUCUGGAAAGACUUAAUCGAAUAUUCUACUUAAUCCCAAGUAGGCUUAAUUAUUAAAUUGAUUAAAAAUUAUAAAUGAUACGAUAUUUAUGCAUUAUGAGAUGAAAAAAAAAUAAAUAAGUUUAAUCUUA